AUGUCUACAGCUGCCCGUCGCCGUCUCAUGCGAGACUUCAAGCGCAUGCAAACGGAUCCUCCAGCUGGAGUCUCCGCAUCUCCUGUAGCAGAUAAUGUCAUGACCUGGAACGCAGUUAUCAUCGGCCCAGCAGAUACACCAUUCGAAGACGGCACAUUCAGACUCGUUAUGCAUUUCGAAGAACAAUAUCCCAACAAACCUCCCGCAGUCAAGUUCAUCAGCAACAUGUUCCACCCGAACGUAUACGCCACUGGAGAACUUUGUUUGGAUAUCCUGCAGAAUCGAUGGAGUCCAACAUAUGAUGUGGCGGCUGUCUUGACGAGUAUCCAGAGUCUCCUAAACGAUCCUAAUACCAGUUCGCCCGCCAACGUCGAAGCAUCCAACCUUUACAAAGACAACAGACGGGAGUACACAAAACGAGUGCGGGAAUCAGUGGAGAAGUCUUGGGAAGAUUAA